AUGUCCAGGAAUAAUCAAGCGGAUCAACUCAUUGUGAACGCCUUGAAGAGGAAAUCGGCUACUCCAGGUCGACCCCCCAAAGUAUACUCUCCUCGGUCUCAGUCACCUUUAAAUCGUGGGACUCUCCUCUUGAAAAUGCUUCAGGUUGCUCACAUCCUAGCUCCUCCUCCAUCUUUCGGUAUUGGUACUUCGUCCAGCAGUCAGACUGAGCCAAGUCAUAAUAAUCAAUCUCGCUCUUUAAUUACUCCCCAGGGUCAGCUCAGUACACACAGAGAUCUCACUGUUGUCCCCCCUGACAUCAUGUCCUUACCUAACUCUCAGUCCCUCAACUCCGAAAUCCCUCCUGUGUCUGCCAUCGCUGUUGCCUCACCAGAGUCUGGGUCCUGGACUGAACUUGUGAUGCGAACCCCCGCAUCUUCCUUAUCAUCAGGACACGUUUCGGCGCCUGAUCCUUCUCCAGCUGUUCCAAAAUGGUCGCCCUCUCAUCCCGGAGAAGCCAUGUCUAUCGAUGAUCAGAUUAUGACAGCGAGACAAGAGGCUGCUGGGCGGCUCCGAAUUGUCAACAUCUCCUCCGAAUCGUACUCCGUGCCAAUUCCUUCCCCUCGAGUCUUAGAAGUGAAGGCACCCCGCCUCGACGCCAGUCUUGGACACAGCAUACGCCGUCUUGAUGGCUUCUGCCGUGUACCAAACCCCGAUCUGGUAAAUGAUGAUCGGUAUGAACAAUUUGAAGUUGCAUUCCAUCAUAUUCCGAAGGCCUUUGACUCCUUGCGCCAGGACUACCUCAUUGAGGCCCAGUAUAUCUCAAAAUGUGUUGAAGUUGAAUGGUUGGAUCCGCCAGGCUUAUUGCCCGCCGACAUUCGGGGGAGACACGGCCUCUUUUUUGUCGACGAAAGGGCAUUGGCUACGUUUCCAGAUCGGAUGGUUUGGCGUUCUGUCUUUCGGUGCAGCGGCAACUGCAACCAGAUUCAACCAGAGUCAGAGGCCAGGGAACAACAAUCCGGGUACGAAAUCGUGGGUCAAACAGCAGAAGAUGUUCCUCACGCUUCUUCGCAACCGAAGAAGAAGCUUUUCGGAAAAUCCCGUCCGAAGUGUGAUCUUUUCGUUGAGAUACGAAUGACACCCAGGAGUAUCCAAAGAGGCGUAUGUACCCUCAUCCGCCCCAAAGCUGUCUAUCACGGACAGCCAAACCCCCUGGCAUUGCUUCGCAUUUCUCCACAUCUCCGAAACUUGCUCCAUGACGCUGCGACACUCGUGGGAACCACCGAAUCCCGUCUCCGAAUUCGGUGGUAUACUUCGUUCUGCAAAAUACACCCCUACGUUUUGUGGGUGAAAUCAAAUUACCCCGAGCGUCUGCCUACUACCAACGAUUUUCAAACAGCAAUCAGAACAGCGCUCCGGCAAGAAAGAUUAGAUAAACUCCCACUUGCAGCAAUUAGUAUCCUACAUUCUACCAAUCCGGAAUCUUUUCUUCACUGUGAAUAUCCCAGGGCGCUCGUUCUUGGUGGAGCGCAACCAUUUCCCGAAGACACCAAUUUUGUGGCAAUUGUCAGUCCGAAGCACGCUCUGCAAUCAGCCAUUCGCCAUGCCUCAGACCGGGGUCUCUUCCUUGAUUCAUCGUGGCGAAAUAAGAAUGCUAUACGCUGUCCUGUGACGUUUUUAGCAACGGUGAAUGAGUAUGGUCAUAUGGUCCCGGUUGCUGUCAUGGUCUCCAACCACGCGAACACUGAUACAUACAUUGAGUUUUUGACCGUCGUCCGAAAGGCAAUCAAGAAGGAAGCAAAAGCAUUGGUAAAGGGCAAAUCCUCCGUGGUGUCCGAAUACGAGGAUUCAGAAACAAUCCUUCUUAAUGCCGAAGACAUCACCGAAGACGACUUUCUUCCUCUCCAUUUCAUGAUCGAUUGCGAUGACGCGGAACGAAAUGCCAUUGAGCACGUAUUCCCCGGUGCUCCGAUUCGCUUGUGCCAGUUCCAUUUCAUGCAUUCCGCCCGAUCUCGAGCCCUUCGUUUAUUUGGCAGCGACCUACAAGGGACCGAAAAGGCUUUUGCCUUCCUGGUCGCACUUCGGAGAUGUCAACGGUGUAGUGAAGAAGAGUCUUGGCCAGAGGCUUUUGCGCAGCUCGAAGCGGAGGUUGUCUCAAUCAGCAAUAACAACCGCGAAAACUGGGACAAGAUCCGAACUUGGCUCCUGUCUGAGUGGUUCAGUGACAGAUGGAGGAACUACCUUCUUGAUUAUGGUCUGCCAGCUCAUCACACCCGGGAUGGUACCUUGUCAACGAAUAAUUUUGUCGAAGCGGCUUUUCGGACGUUCGACAGAGUAUUCCUUGAAUCUCGUGCAAACAAACGUACCGACAAACUCCUCGCCAUCAUCAUUGACGUCUACUUCCCCAUGUAUCUCCAUUCACCACCCACUUCUGGCCGCUGUGAUCCUACUGUUCUUGGACACAUACUGCGGGGCCUUGAACUGUGGGAGCAAGAAGCGGUACAUGAAUGUUUCGGAGACGAGAUCCCAAUCUCGAUAAGGGGCCAGUUCGAGCACACAUUUUGUGUGACAGCAGACACUUCGGGCCAGCCUUCUGCCAACAAACAUUACUGUGGUGUGAAGGACGAAACUCGUGAGCGAUGCUCCUGCAAGUAUUUUGCCGAAACGGGGAAAAGGUGCUCUGGUCUGUGGGCACUCUACUGCUUUCGGAACUGCGGUACCUCCGAAGAUUAUACAAGAGGCGUCACAUCAAAUGAAAUACGUAUGCAGAGCCGAGCUGCGCAGCUCUCACGGCGAUUAGCCGACCUAUCAUAUUCAGCGGAUCAAGAGGACCUUGUGGCGUACUGGGGACAUGACCCCUCAGAGCCUGUGUGGCAUGAUUGGUCCUCCGAACAACCUCCCAGACAUGGCAAGCUCAUUAGCAUCGACAGUACCAACCUCGAUUUUGUGGAGCCUGACUCCCCAAUUGGCCGCCGAAACCGAUUCCAGGCCGCAAACAUUGAGCCGCUUUCAAAUACUGCUUCGGUGAUACAACCGAAACCGUCAAAUACUGCUUCGGUGAUCCAACCGAAACCGGAGGCUGAUAAGGGAGGACGACCCGCGGCUCAUCGUGCGUUACAUCCUUAUCGCCAGAAGACUGCCCCAUCAAAAGCUGGUAUUCGUCGGGAAGCCCUCCCUUCGCGAGAACGACCUGUUGGGGCCAAGAAUUAUCUCCAAUCUUGUUUUGCCCUGUCCUUGUUUCAUGUGAUUCUCCGAAUCCCAGCCUUUGUGACGGCUUUCAAUGAAAUCAAAGACGCUCUUCGGCCUCAUGCUCCUUCGUUAAUUGUCCUUCUCGAAGACUUCUACAAGGCAAUUUCGGUAUCAAAGCGUGUAGUCGAUCUUAAAGAAAUAGUCCCCCUUCUCCGAAGUGAGAAUUUGAUAGACCAAGAGGCUCAACAUGAUCCCUGCGAACUGUUUCUCAACCUGAGUGGCCGAAUCAAUCAGAUAAUUGAACACAAUCCGAUUCGGAAAACCUUCGAAUUCGGGGUAACCUGGGAUUACGUCUUCCAGCCCUGUGCUCACUCUGCCCCGGUCGCGGUAGAGAUACCCAACCUGGAGAAACAAAUGUCUGUCCUGCAGAUCUAUCCACAUGGAUCGUCACUCAACUUUGUUCAGCUCAUCAAUCUAUCGUUGUGGCGUUCAUGCACUCCCCAACACUGCUUUUCCUCGCCUUGUGAUGGUAGAGUAGCGCCCACUCGAGCUCGAGCCAAAAUGACACUUCACAAGGAAAACCUACCGCCCAUGUUGCUCUUCAACAUUGUUUGGGACCUCCGAAGUUCUUCUCUGCAUCAAGUAAUUCAAUCAUUUGAUAUUCCAAACAUCAUCAACCCGGCUCAGAUUUCGGCUGUCCCUCCUACCAUACUCCCCACUAAUCUGCCAAUGUACAAACUCAAGGGAAUGCUCUGCCGAAAGGGAGAUACGGUCCAGGUGACCAGUGGCCACUAUGUGGCUCUGAUCAAGGAUGACGUAGCGUUGUGGGAGAUUGAUGAUGAGACCACUUCUCGCAUGUUUCUCAACAGGGACGCAUUUACUGGGACACGAUUCCCAGUCCUACUGUUCUAUGCUCUUGAAGAUGGCGUCAACCAGGGGGCCGGUCAACCCCUUGCCAAGAAGAGAAAACUGAACAAGUCGAGUUCCAAGGUGAACGAAGCAGCAAAAGGUUCUGGUGUUGGUUCAACACCUUCCGAAGGGCCGAAAGCUCAAAAUCAGGAAUUAAAGGGACCAGGUAGUCAGGCUCCGAAUUCGGAAUUACUUGAAGUUCGUCCUCCGAAACUCAACACUCCAAGUGAGCGCCUUCCGAUUUUGACCGAAAACCAACCUAUCCCAGCCACAGUCGUCCUCUCCAAGACCUCGACAACCAUCAGUGCCCCUACAGACUCCAUUGCAGGACAGCCAGACGUUGUCCUUCACAAGCCCGACCCCACCAUGUCCACAGAUCCCCAAAAUAUUGAGCUACCUGCCAACAAACCUCCCGAAACCAUGCCAUCUUUAUCAGAUGACGUAUUACAGAAGGGUGAAUCCCAGGUUGUGUCCGAAAGCCCCCCAGAAGCUGUCAAGGUCAGUCAAAACGAUUCAAAGUCCUCGGCCUCUUCGUCUGCAUCCAUGGACAUCGACCCACCAAGUGCCUUCCCUAUUGAAGUUCGAGACCCCUCUCCCGAACCUCUGGUCCCUAAGUACUGUCUACUUGAGAAAUCUCAGUCAGUGAUUGCUGAAAGGCUGGCACAUGUUCAGUGGCGUUCAGGCGACACCCAUCAUCCUCUCAUUUCUGUCAACACUUAUGAAGAUGUUGAUAGCCUUUCGGAUGAACUCGUCGAGGACCUAUCCCGCCAGAUUGAAGCUGGCUUGAGGGAUUCACCCCAAGAGGAGACCCGAAAGGGGUUGAGACUACAGGGUCUAGUGUCUACAUUUGAUGCAGAGACUUUGGCCAAGUUUCAUGGACGGAUGAAGUGGUACACAAACUUCGGGAUCGAUGAUAUUCUGCUGUCAGUGUCAGCAUUCAUUCGGAGCUGUGUCAACCUUGGGAUUGGAAAGUCUGAUUCCAUACCAAGCUCAUUUGUUUACCGAACACUAGCGGCUGGGGACAACUGGAAUCCAUACACACCUGGUGGUACUCCUUGGCUCUCACUUGGCAAGGAUGGGCAAUGGAGAAGGGAAAUCACCGUUGGAAUUUUGAUGGGUAAAUCACAUUUCGGAACAUUGGUUAUCUUCGGGCCUCAAAAGCUGGUAUUAAUGUAUGAUGGUGCUGGUGGAAUCUAUGACUCACCAGAGCAGAAGAAGCAAUGGUCUCAUCUGCUAGAGCGACGGCUGGAUUGGGAAGUGAAGAAAGGAAUAGCGACCGAAGCCGAGGCAAUGGGCUGGUUGGUUGCUGUGAACUCUCAGGCUACUAGGGACAGUCUUGAAUGGGCUACUCAAGUCGACUCUCAUAGCUGUGGACCUCUCUCAUGUGCAGCUGCAUGUCUUCUUCUCCAGGGAAUCAAACCUACCGCUUCCGCUCUUGGUCUGAAAUCAUCCAAUCUAGCUAGGGGCGAGAGCAGGAAGCUCCGAACUAGCGUGCUUCAAUUGGUGUUGGCAAUGGCUGCAAGGGAUCCAGCAAAUGAGAUUUUCUUCACUCCGAAAGUGAAGAAACAGCUGGAGAACCUCCCGAACUCUGCUCAUUUACAUGCAUAUGAAUAUGAUUUGGAUGUUACACAGGAUGAAAAAUCUGCAGGAUUGUUCAAUUUCAUAAGAUUGAAGAAGGGACCCCCGAAAGAUGCCCAUUUCGGUUGGUUGACUCAUAUGAGCCCUGGAACCAACAUAGUCCUAGCAGUCAAGUCUUGA